AGGGACAGGAAGGUGAGGGACAGAGCGACAGUUGUGGAGAACGAUCCUUCAGCAGCAACAGAGAUCAGCUGACUGAUCAGUGAGUCGGGAAACCAGCUCUCUUGGCACAAUGAAUGUGAGGAAAGUGGAAAAGACGGUUCUGAGUGUGGAGCAGGCCGAGGGGGUCGGUGCUCGUGUUCGCAGGAGCAUCGGCAGAACGGAGCUGAGGAACCUGGAUCCCUUCCUGAUGCUGGACGAGUUCAGAGUGAGCAAGCCGGCAGGUUUUCCAGAUCAUCCUCACCGAGGUUUCGAAACAGUAACAUAUGUUUUAGAGGGUGUCACGGCCCAUGAAGACUUCUGUGGCCGUUCUGGGCGACUGCAACCUGGAGAUUUGCAGUGGAUGACUGCAGGACGGGGGGUGGUCCAUGCCGAAAUGCCUGUAUCAGAAGAGCCGGUGGUGGGCUUACAGCUGUGGGUGAACCUGCCGAGGCGAGACAAGAUGGUGGAGCCAGCGUACCAGGAGCUCAAAGGCUCAGAGAUUCCCAAACGCAGCCAGGGAGGGGUCACAGUCGCUGUUAUAUCUGGAGAGGCUCUAGGAGCGAAGUCCAAGGUUUUCACGAGGACACCGACCCUGUAUCUGGACUUUAAGCUGCAGGCGGGGGCCCUGCAUUUGCAGCCAGUCCCUUCAGGAUGGACUACAUUCAUCUACACGUUAUCGGGAUCCAUUAACGUUGGCCCAGACCCGGAGCAGCAGGAGGUGGCGUCCCAUCACACAGUGGUGUUCGGAGACGGAGACUGUGUCAAGGUUGAAAACAAGGGCUCUGAAGUCUCUCAUUUUGUGCUCAUCGCAAGAGAACCAAUCAAAGAGCCUGUGGUACAACGCGGUCCAUUUGUCAUGACCACAGAGGAGGAGAUCAGUCAGGCCAUCAGGGACUACCAGAGCGGCAGAAAUGGCUUUGAGAGAGCCGUAAACUGGAGAUCCAAGAUCAGAGACUCUUUCUAAAGCAGUGGAGGGAAACAUUCACGCUCCAGUCUAUGAGACAAUAGAUGUAUACACAAAGAAGCAACAUCAGAAAUAGUUUUGAUUUCAACAAAUAAUAUUUAAAAUAAGGGUUUCAGAAACAAAUGACCAACUCUACCUUUAAAGGUUCCCUGGGUAGAAUUUAAUGACAUCUAGUGGUGAAGCUGCGAUUUGCAGCUGAAUCCCCCUCACCUCUCCCUCCCCCUUCCAAACAUGAGAGAGAACCUGUGGUAGCCUUCAGUUGACAUAAAAACUCAAAAGGUGUUUAGUUUGUCCAGUCUGGGCUACUGUAAAAAACAUGGCGGCCUCCGCAGAGAGGGCCUACUCCUGAUGUAAUUUUAUAAAGUAUUUAAAUAUAGAGGGCUCAUUCAUGCAAUUUAGAUGAAACACACUAGGAGUAUUUUAGAUAGAAUUUAUAAAAGAAAACAUAACUUUCACCUUAGUCUUACUCACUGGAUCUUUUAUCCUCCUGAAUCGCCCACAGAAUUGGGGGCCGUCCCGAUAGUUAUUAAACAUGUUUAAAAUAUGGAUGAUUGCAUCACUACUUUCCAAGUGGAAACAAAUCAGAGGCGAGUAGAGCUUUUGAAAUGGUGACAGAGAAACAACGUACUAUACUAUACACAGCUGAGUUUGAGGAAAUGUUUUUCAGUAUGUGGCAAAGAUACAAUUCCCUGAAGAACGUAUCUCACAUCUAAUCACAACCAGAUAAUUAUUAGCAUUACAAUAUAUCAAAACCAUGUUGACCCAUAUUAAACUGAAUGAUAGAUGGGGCCUGAUGACCACGACUACACAACCAUAUCCUCAUCCAGACUCGUUUCUUCUGCCUUUGGUCUUCAUCACUACAAAGCGAUGUGCUGUUACUUUCUAAUCUUGAGCUUGAUUCAACUCGAUUUGCUAAAUUAGCUCUCAGGAUGUAGUUUGAGCUCAGCUUUUAAGUUCUCACUCUACAGAGAGAUGCCCAUCAAGGUAAACAAGCGAGUUUAGUGUCGAGUGAGAUAACGGCCAAGAAGCUGAACCCUCGCUGAGAAGGAGAGAUUGUGAAGCCUUGUCUUGUUGUGACUGCGUAGCUGCUUGCACCAGACAAAGUCAAAUUUUCCUACUCUGCAAAAGCCAGGAGAUCCAUGUGCUCCAGGCGUUUGGCGAGAGGUUUCAGGAACUGAGCGUAUUAACUGAACUGUUUAAUGUGGAACCUGCUGAUGUGCCUGCAAUCAAGGGGCAAAGUACAACCACCUCCCUCUGCUUGAGUUCUAUAAACUAUGCGUACGUCAUGAGGAUUUUCCCAUUUUGAGGAAGCUUACACUUAGGUUAGAGGUAUUACAGAACUUGAUAUACACUGUUAAAAAAGUUCUGUCAAAUGUACUGCAUUAAAUCUCUCCCACCCCCUAAAUUUAGAGUAAAUUGAUAGCAGGAAAUUAAAGAUUUAUUUUAUAAGAAAAUUAAUACUAUUGACUAUUGCUGAAUGUAUGUACUUGUUUUUAUGUCUGUUUUUCAAAAUAGUGUCUGUUCAAUAACUUAUGUUUUAUUUACAGUAAUUUGACGCCAAGUGGCAACUUUUUGCUGCCAGAUUUUACUGUUGUUUUUGCAGUGGUUUUUGUGAGUCUACUGUCUGUGUUGGGUAAUUUAGUGUGGCCCCAGAAGGAUGUUAUGAAAACUGAAAUUGUACUUGACAGGAAAAGAUUCCCCACUUCUCUUCUAAACCCUCUUGUUGCCUCUGAUACAACUAACUGUCUUUCUUGUUGUAGAAACGUAUUUAUGGGUGUGCUAGAUGUUGUAACAUUGAACAAUGGAAACCUGUUUAUUUUAGAAUAUGUGCUGCAUGUGUUUACAGGACAUUUUGUAUUUUACAGCGUUUAUGUUAACUUAUUACACCCAAGUGCUUCAGGUGGGAGUAAAUGACAUGCCCCAUUGUUGGCACAGUGGUCGUUUACCCCCUCUCAUCGUAAAAUAUAGAUUUUUAUGGAAAAUGUGCCCCUAACUGCUCUAUCUCUCUUCCCCUAUUAAAUUGAACCUUUAUCCCAGUUUCCUUCUACUGUUUGAAAUAACACAGUUGCUUUGCGGUUAUGAAACUUGUAAUAGUUGCUUGUACACAAUGUAAUGAAGAUAAUUGACAUGCUCAUACUGUACUUAAGGUAUAAUGGUUUUUCCAAAUGUUUAUAUACCAUAAAAUGUAUUGAAGACAA